AAAUACUGUCUUUCCGUAUCGUCAUUUAAUCAUUUUAUAGAUAAAGGAAGUAUAUUUUUAUAUCAUACAUUUCUUCAAUAAUUCAUAUAGUUUCUUGUUACAAGAAUAAUAUUAAUAAUUUUCUUUGCAUUUUUCUAUUCCAGUAAUCGUGCGAGUAACAAUGAAGUAAUCGAUUGUUUGUUCCGCUAAAAUAAAAAGUUCGCGAAGUAAAAGCAGUGUUUGUUCAUCCGCGUUUCGCAAUUUAAACAACAAGUAGUUUUGCAUCGACUGCGCGUAAUGCAGUCCUUAGAGUCAGUGUUUGUUUGUAAAUUAUUUUGCUUUUUUAACAGUCGCACAAACUGUAUUUAUAAAAAAUAGUAGAGUUACGCGAAGUAAAUUCAGUGAUCGUCCGUUAAUAAAUAACUACCGCAAAUUAGAGACAGACAUCAUUCAAGAGGAUCUCAACCAACUUUGAUGUCGACCUAUCUCAUUUUCAACCAGCUACCUUAUUUUCAACCAUCCACCCCUAAUUUCGAUCCACCUAAAUCCUGGAUAAGUGUUUUGGAGUCAUCGCAGAACUUCUUAAGUAGUAUCUCUCGAAAAUUUAUUAUAUAAUAUAAUAAUUUUUAAUAUUAAUAUAAUAUCAAAAAGAUGUAAAUCUCAAGAAUAUGCUUAUGUGUCUACUGAAUGAGCAAACCUUCUCAUGUUUUCGUCAAUAUGAUAAAUCAAUGGAUAAUGAUGUCUAAUAAUGGAACCGAAUAAACGGUAUACUCAAACCGUUGAAAAAUCAUUCCACGUGUCUAUGGCGACUUUAGAUGUUGCAAGCGCCGAUGACGAUGUAGUACAGGUGACUGUAUGUUAUGAUGGUACAAAUUACUUACUUUGUAGUUUAAAGAAGGGUUCAGUAUGGCAAGUACCACUUGAUUUGCACUUUCAAGAGGGAACUAAAAUAGCUUUCACAUGUAAUGGCCACAGUCGUGUACAUUUAACUGGAUAUUUAAUACCAGAUGAUUUAAUUGAUGAAAUAGAAGAAGAAGAGGAUGAGGAAGAGGAAGAAAAAGUUCAACAGUUAAUUGAUAGACAAUCAAAGAGAAAAGCAAUAGAUUUUCCAAAAGGAAAUAAAAAAGUAAAAAGAGUGAAAAAUGAAGUUGAAUCGUCGGAAGAUGAUGAUUUGGAAUUAGAUGGAACAAAUAAUGAUGAAGAUUCUGAUGAGGAAGAGGAAGAAGAAGGGAAAGAAACUCUAUUGAUUGAAGAAAAUAUUAAUGAAGAAGAGGAUGAGGAGGAUGAAAGUGAUGAUGAUGAUGAUGAUGAUGAUGAGGACGAUGAUGGUGAUGAUGAUGAUGAUGAUGAUAUUAUUGAAGAGGAAGAAGAGGAAAAGAUACAAAAAAAAUCUACCAAACAACAGCAACAGCAGGGAAACAAAAACAAGCAAAUACAACAAUUACAGCCUAAAAAGAAGCAAGAUAAACAGAAAUUGUUAAACGGAAAGGAUAUGAAACAAGACCAACAAAAGAAGAAUAAAGGAGAACAGCAACAGCAAAAUACUCUAAAUGAACAGAAGAAGAGGGUGGUUGAGGGAGGUGUACAAAUAAAAGAUAUAAAGACAGGCAAUGGUGCAUUUGCGAAAGCAGGAAAAUUUGUUUCUGUGUACUUUGUAGGACGAUUGCAAAAUGGCAAGAAAUUUGAUGCCACUACACAGGGAGAUGGUUUUAAAUUUAGGCUCGGAAAAGGUGAAGUUAUCAAAGGAUGGGAUGUAGGCAUUUCUGGCAUGAAAGUUGGUGGAAAGAGACAAAUUACAAUACCUCCAGCUAUGGCGUAUGGCGCUAAGGGUUAUCCACCUGCUAUUCCUGGCAACAGUACGCUUGUUUUUGAAGUUGAACUAAAAAAUGUCCAUUAACAUGUAAUUGUAAUCUAACAAAUAUUUGGAUACUUCAUAUAACUAUAAUUCUAAAAGAUUUUACUACUUAUUUAUCAACAUAUAAGGAUGUAUUAAAAAUGUAAUAUUUGUUAAAUAUUUAUUAAUAAGAAAAAAAUCUCCAUAGGUUAUAAUAUUUUUAAAAUAUUCAUACAAUAUUAAAUUUAUUUGUCCUAAAUGUGAUGUUUAUUCUUGUAAGACGAUAAUAUUUGCAUUUUUUCAACGGAUUAUCGUUUCCAUAAUUUACAAGCCAUUAUAUUAUAAAAGUUUCAUUAAAUUGGAUAUUAUCAGCAUAUACAAUUAGUAAUAUCUUGUGAUAUCCUUAUAUGUUAGUGGAUGAGUAUUAAACUAUAAUUAGGCAGAGUCAUGAAAUGCGUAAAAAAAUGCCUAAAAAAUAGAUUAAAACAGUUUUGAAUUGUUGGAACUAUUGAAACAAGGUGUUGAUGUUUUUAAUAAAAAAUUAUAUUAAUGCAAUGCAUUUAAUAUGAUGUAUACAGUCAACAUAUGUUUGAACAUUCAAGGUAUAAUGUAUACAAGUAUAACAUCUCGUAUAUCUCAGUAUAAACUUACAAGCUACUGUUGAGUAUUAAAAAAGUAACUAAUGUUUACAAAUAAAUUUUACAAAUAUUCUA